UGCACAAGGAAGGUCUUGCACCUUCAGCUGCUCGAGUGAGCCAGUAACAGAUGCUGCAUGUUCCUGGCUGUGCCCAGUUUGGCUGUCAGCAUGGCAGCCCAGCUCUGCAUUUACUGAGCACAACUGCUAGCCAAUGACCACACUUUUAGGUAACGCUGAGUGAUAAGGCACUGAGUUCUCAUGGAAAGCAUUACAGCCAGCAGAUGAUGUUAUCUCUCUCACACAGGAGGAAGUGCUAUAGAAGGCUUCCAGCACUUGCGAGCUGUCAGUGCAGGGGCACCGUGUGUGCCUGACCACAGCCUCUCCGGCCCCACUCCUGCUAACCUGCUGCCGGGACCUGCUGUGACUCUGUGGCUUUAUACCCGCAGACUUUUACUCUCUUCUGGAAUGAAGAUGUGAUGUGGUCUACCUAGACUUCAGCAAAGCCUUUGACACUGUCGCCCACAGUAUUCACCUGGAGAAACUGGCAGCCUGUGGCUUGGACAGAGACGAUGACAGCAGCAUGCCUCACUCCCUCCCUUUGGGUUUCUUCAUGCCUUCAGGACGCAGGACUCAAAUUCUGCUCUGUUUCCCUCAGCUUGGAGCAGGAGCAGCAGGUCCCAGGCCAGGAGACCCAUUAGAAGAGUUUCUGCUCAUGGGUUAUGCAUACUUAGUGCUGGUAGCUUCAGUCACUGGCUAUCUCAAAACCGAGUUUGAAUCAUCUUGCCUCAUCUGCACAGGCUGGCUUAAAGAAAUGGUGCUGACAUUAACACAAGUUGUUCUGGUAUCUAUGCAUUUUCUUCUGAGUGCCACUCCUCCCCCCCAUUCAACAGCCCCUAUUUAAUAGAGGCUGCCUGCCGUGUCCUAUUGAAAGUUCUCCCUGGGAUACUUACUCAUAAACUGAGUUAACACGAACAGAGCUUGAGACAGGGAUGCAUCCCAGUUAGAGGUUGCCUGAGAAAGCCAAUCUUGUAGACUCAGGUUCACAUUCAAAACAGAGUAAAUAUUUCUUUAAAUGCCCUUUUUAUAGGAGUCAUGUAUCUACUGAGAGAUAGGAGGGUCUUACCGUUUUUUCCCCAUUUCAGGUCUCAGAACAUCACAUGCCAUCCGCAUAAUAGGACAAUGAAUGAGUCCAAGAACUGCAGUCUCACAGACAUAGAAGUGAAUCCCCAUAUUCGUCUCACUGAAUUUGCUAUAUAUAUCCUCACUUUCUUUUUUGGAGCAAUUUUUAAUGCUCUUGCCCUAUGGGUGUUCUUCUGCAGAAUGAAGAAGUGGACAGAAACCAGGGUGUAUGCAAUCAAUUUAGUCUUUGCUGAUUUCGUUGUCAUCUGCAUCUUGCCCUUCAUCGCAUAUUUCAUCCUGAAAAAUUCAGUCCGAAAUGAACUGUGCCAGUUUAUAGAGGCAAUGUAUUUUAUCAAUAUGGUAGUGAGCAUCUACAUCAUUUCAUUUAUCUCCGUCGAUCGGUACAUGGGCAUAAAGCACCCCCUGAAAGCCAGGGCCUACAGGUCUCCAUCCAAAGCUGCUCUUCUCUGUGGGCUCCUGUGGCUCGCCGUCACUGUCGGAUCCAUCUUAAAACUUCAGCAGAGAUAUGCUCAUUUCUGCUUUCAGUACGACAAUAGCACGCCCACUGCUCUGAUGCUGCUUUCCAUUUUCUUCAUUUUCACUCUUCCAUUAGCAACCUUGACCUUUUGUUCCAUAGAAAUCAUCAGGAACCUUAAAAGACAGCUAAAGACAAGCUCACUGGAGGAGAAGUCGAUCCGGAAAGCUCUUUACAUCAUUUAUGCCAAUCUGGUUGUGUUUCUGAUAUGUUUUCUACCAUCCCACCUCAUACUCUUGGUCAGGCUCGUAACGAAGGACACCGAAAGUAGCUGUUCCCUGACCCACUUUGUGAGGAACUUCUCCUCCAUGACGCGGUGCAUCGCCACGUUCAACUGCUGCCUGGACUGCGUCUGCUAUUAUUUUGUGACCAAGGAAUUCCAGGAAGCCAUCCUGCUGCCCAACUCCAGCAUGGCCAGAACAACGCAAACCCGCUCCUUGCAGACACACGUUUGCUAAAGCAAGGAAAAAUUAAACAAAAAGAAACUGCAACAAAACCAACAAAUUCUACAAUGUCAAGAGAAGAUAGGGCUUCACUGUCACUGGGAUAACCAUCCCUCCUUCACCCCAAGGAGAGUUUUGUUAUGUGUAUAAUUGUUAAGCUGUAAUUUCUACUCUACGUUUCUGUUAAGCUGAUAAAUCUUUUCACACAGAGGUGUCAAAGUGAGUCUGCAGUGGCAGUGUAUUAGCACAGUUCCCUUCCCCUCCAUGUGUUACCGGAAGACAGGCGGCCUAUGUAUGUCACCCUGUUUUACUUCACCUUGCAACUAAAGUCUACUCAACCUAAAACACGAAAGCCAACCAAAAAAAAAGACUAUCUUGUGCUUUAUCUCAUGGUGUAUGUCAGAUUGCUUGCAUUAAUAAAACAAUCCUAUGGUGCCAG